CUGAGGCAAUCCCAAGAGCCCAAAGAGCUGUGGGGAUACGUGCAAGUUCGAAGUAAGGCCCACAUGUUCUGGUGGCUCUACUAUGCAAAUAACCCAGCCAAAGACUUCACAGAAUUACCUCUUAUCCUGUGGCUUCAGGGAGGUCCAGGAGCUUCAGGCUGUGGAUUUGGGAACUUUGAAGAGAUUGGCCCAUUAGACAAAGAAAUGAAACCAAGAAAUACAACCUGGUUGCAGGCAGCCAGUAUCUUGUUUGUGGAUAAUCCUGUGGGCACUGGAUUCAGUUAUGUGGAUGAUUGUAGCUUGUUUGCCAAAAACCUUACCACAGUAGUUUCUGAUAUGAUGGUUUUUCUUCGCGAAUUCUUCACGUGUAGAACAGAAUUCCAGACCAUCCCAUUCUACAUAUUUUCUGAAUCUUACGGAGGUAAAAUGGCUGCUGGCAUUGCUUUAGAGCUGCAUGAGGCUGUUCAAAAAGGGACCAUAAAGUGCAAUUUUAUGGGGACUGCUCUUGGAGACUCAUGGAUUUCUCCUUUGGACUCUGUGCUGUCCUGGGGGCCCUACCUUUACAGCAUUUCUCUCCUUGAUGAUAAUGGUCUAGCAGAGGUGACUGCUGUUGCCAAAGAAAUAAUGGAUGCAAUAAAUAAAAAUCAAUAUGGGCUGGCCACUGAGCUCUGGGGCAAGGCUGAAGGUGUCAUUGAAGAGAACACAGACAAUGUGAACUUUUAUAACAUCAUGACUGAGGAGGUUCCAGAGAUGAAAUCAAAUGAACAAGAAAAUCUCCAUCUCAUAGGACUUUACCGGCGCCAUGUCAAAAAUAUGCAUAAGGACAGCCUAAACGAAUUGAUGAAUGGACCCAUCAGAAAGAAGCUAAAAAUUAUUCCUGACUGUGUGAAAUGGGGAGGUCAGUCCAAAGAUGUCUUUGAGAACAUGGCUGAGGACUUCAUGAAACCUGUCAUUGAUAUUGUUGAUCAGCUUUUGGCAGCCAACGUCAGUGUUACAGUCUAUAAUGGGCAGCUGGAUCUCAUUGUUGACACCAUGGGCCAGGAGGCAUGGAUCCGGAAACUGAAAUGGCCUAAUGUGGACCAGUUCAAGCAGCAAAGGUGGAAGGCACUCUAUGUGUCUCCAGAAUCCACUGAGACAGCUGCAUUCCACAAGGCCUAUGAGAACUUCGCGUUCUUCUGGAUUCUUAAGGCUGGGCACAUGGUACCGUCUGAUCAAGGAGAGAUGGCACUGAAAAUGGUCAGGAUGGUGACCCAACAGCAGCACUAGGGAAGGGGAGGCCAGCUGGUAUGGCUUCCUGCCGAACGUCAGUGCUCUUGCAGAAUGUGAGUCCAGAAUAAUAAGCCCCAGGAGGAACAACGGCUAUUUGGACAUGUAGCCUCUCUGAUCUUGCUGAUAAUGUGCACAAGCACUUAUGGAAAGGCAUUUUUUUCCUUGAAUGAGUUGUUGCUUUUGAAUUUGUAAGCUGUGAUUUGCUGCCCUAACUCUGUUCAUAAUGACUCUUCCAGAGGGAAGUCCACUGUCAUAAACAACUAGCUCUGAGCCUUUGUCUUUGACUUGGAAGGAUUUUGUGCUUUUGUAAAAAAACCUGCCCUUCCCUGAAUGCUCUCUUGUCUGUUCACACACCAGGACUAAACCUGAUUUGAGUCCUGACAGAUUUGCUGUUUGUUCCUCUCAGAGAGCUAACCUGUUUUACGAGGCCGUGGAGUGUUCCUUCCUUUGUCCUCAGGCCUCUGCUUGAGUCACCUGGCUGGAUUACAAGCUGAAGACACGGAGAUGCCAGGAUAGAAGAUCUGCCCUAGAGGAAUUACAGUCCAUCUCAUCUUGCUGAGGUGCCCGAGUUAGGAUCCAAGAUUCUUCAGGCUUCCUGUGCUAUGGAGAGAGAACCCUUCCCAGAGGAGGAUUUGACCUUUUUCAUCUGACCAUUUGUUUAUUGUUUUCAUUCUUUUUAAUGACUGUUACUCAAACUUUGCCUUUAGACUUAACACCUAAAGCACAUCCAGCAGGAAUUCCUGCUUUCCUGUAUGCUGAAGCAAGAGCCCUGUUAAUACCCUCUUCUUGUACAGAAGAGAGCCUUAAUGGACAGAAGCCUCUUAAAACCUUCUGAGCUUAGCCUGGAGAGUGGAAAGGAGAGCAUUAUUUGAGCAAUAAUAGCAUAAUUCUGAAAGAUAAUAUCAGUGUUUAAAAGAAGGAUAUACAAGCUAGAACCAAUAUCUUGAUCCAUAUUUUUCUAAAGCUUUUUUUAAGUCCUGCAGAGACCUAUUAUGUUGAAACAACUUUUUUUUUAUAUAGGACACAGUCAAGAGGACAUGGUCAGACAUCAUUUGAUUUCUGCUAUGGAGCACAAAGUGACCGUUGUUUAUUGGUGUCUGAUAGGAGGCACAACAGCUUGUUCCAGCUGUCAGAGUCCUAAAUAAAUAGCAACCCCUCCAUUACUCCAGCAACUGAAACUGUCAUGAAAUGUCUGAUAGUGUUGGCUUAGAAGGGACUGAGGCAUAACGCUAUGUAAACACAUAUGCAAUCGCCCAGCAGCUGGAGUAUUGGCACCUAAUAAUUGCUUGCUUUCUUCGUGUUCUCUGCUUGAACUGUAUUCUUGAGAACUUUAGCAAUGCAAAUCCAGAUCUUCUUUUAAAACACAUUUUUCAAUAAAUGCAAUAGGUCUAAUUCAUCUGUCUUCAGCAUCACGUUGAUUUCGCUGCUUGAAAAUCACAUCUUUUCUGUUUUGGCUUUUCAGUGUAAAGCCCCUGCCAAUGGGAGCGGAUACAGUCACACUUGAGAGGGAAGGGUACAGGACUGUGCUCUCCCCCAUGACUGCACCUCAUGAUGAGGAGCACAUGCACUGGGGACCGCAGCCCCUCCCAUCCUUUCCACAAAAUGCACUCCUUCAGAGCAUGAAGGGCAACCCAGAAUGGCUCGGUAGAAUCAAAUCAGCAAUUGCUUCUAUUCUCUUUCUUGUUGAACAUUAGAUGAACAAGAAUAAGAGCAGGGUCCUAGAGGUCUGUGAAUCUGCAUAUCUGCAUUCUUGGAAUAUUUAAAAAUAACUCACCAAGGAAAUAAGGGUGUCUGAGCCUGGGCAGUUUGGGUCGGCUUGUAGUCCUGAAUCUUGUUAUUUACAAUACUUUGCAUUAUGCCUAAACAACUAAUACUACAGGGCUUGAUAGAGGGAAAGAAUUGAGAAGAUGGUAUCUCCAGAAAGCAGCGUUUACUGUUGUUCUUAUGCUUCUCUAUCAAAUGGGACAUUCAUUCACAUUGCCUAGAGCUUGUGCUCAGUGACGGGCCUGAGACAUCUGUUUCUUGUCCUGCUUUGUUUUAGCUUCUGCAGGUUUUUAUGUUGGCAAAGAGAUGGCUUAUGAGGAAAAAAGAUGGUUUCAAUAAGGCUGGUGGUAAUGGUUUGUUGGUUUUAGGGGCUAUGUCAAAUCUAAACGUGUUAUAAUAAAAAUACUUGCCCAUGG